AUGGACUUGUCGGCCAAGGCCGAGCCCACCACUUCGUCCGCAGCCAUCCAGGCCGCCAUCGCCGAUCGCCCGUCGGAUGCGCCGCGACGAUGCUUCAUCUGCUUGACCGACGAGGAGCCCUCGGAUCCCCCAGGCUCGUGGGUUGACCCGUGCCCAUGCACGCUGGAGGCGCACCAAGACUGCAUGCUCUCAUGGGUGACGGACUGCGAGCGGUCCAACAAGCCGCUCAAGUGCCCGGUGUGCAAGUCCGCCAUCGAGAUGGACGGUCCGUGGGACCCCGUCGCCUCUCUGCACGACGCCAUACAGCGCAAAUUCACUCGCGCGAGCCCCUUCAUCCUCUUGACCGGGGUGUCGGUGGGAGUUCAGUUUAGCCUGCAAAUGUACGGCGCCAUGGCGUUGUGGACGUUUGCCGGCAAGGAGGCGCUGCUUCAGUUCGCCCUGGGACCUGAUAUGCUCAUCGACGGGCGAUCGCCUGGAGCGCUGAGGUUUGCCAAAGAGCGCAUAGUCAAUGCCCUGAUUUUGAUGAACGUGGCGCCGACACUGCUCAUCAGCCAGCUGCUACCAGGUCUUACUAACAGAUACUUUAUGCAGAGUGCAUCUAUUUAUGGGAUCUACAGCAUGAUUCGAAAUGACAACUUUUUGGAGUGGCCACCGUCUCCCCGCAUGGCCAUGGUGGCACUGCCCAUCAUUCGCAAGAUGUACUUUAGCUUCUGGAGAGACUUUGUCAUGCCGUACGAAGUGAGGCUCAACCGACAAAUCUCGGGGCUCCCGCCCCUCGACCCACAGCAAGAGGCCGAUGGUGCUCACAAUCGGCAGGAUCUAGAGCGCAACGGAGAGGGUGGGUUCAUCGGCCUUCUCCAAAACAUUCUUGAUGUGCUGGAUCCUGACGAGGAGGAUCCCGCCGCCGGGGCUAAUAACGGUGGCGGCGAGGCGCGAGCAGGGGCUCAGCAUGAGAUUCGACUAGAGCAGCGGGAAGAGGGAGACGAGAUCAGGGUUGAACUUCUCAUCGAGGAGGUCAUUGAAGACGCAGUUGAUUUGAACGGGCCGGCCAACGAUGAGCAAAAUGGCCAUGUGCGCUGGGACCAGGCUCAGGAGGACAAUGCCAAUGGGCACCCGCAGGAAAACCAACGCGAGGCACCCCAAGCGCCACCAGCAAGGAGGAUGGGACUCGGCGGUCUCCUGUCAAACGUGUCCAACUCCAUCGUCGGGGCCCUCCUUUUGCCAGGCAUCUCCUUUGCCAUGGGCGAAGCUUUGCGGUUGAUUCUCCCUCGAUCUUGGACAACAGCGCCGUCUAGGAACCACUGGCUGUUUGGGCCAUCACCGUCAGGCCGGCCUGGCCUGUUGCAGCAGCAAUGGGGGCGCAGCCUGGUGGGCGGGUGCCUCUACAUCGUCCUGAACGAUGUCAUCAGGGUGUACAGCAAGUCUCGCCAGGUCGCAGCCAUGCAGAACCGGAAGGUGAAGAAUGUAGAUCGACCACGACGGAGAAAGUAA